AAGGAAUGAGGUAGUAAAGGUUUACUUCUUAAAACCAUCAACACAUAUUUUCGUUGAUGUCUGUAAGGUUUCAUGUAGAACCAACUGCCUCUGGGCGAUCGACCAAUCACACAUAGGACCCUUCUCAUUCUGUGUAGUAAGGUUGGACAGAGGUUGGGGACGAUGAGACAUUGGUGUUUAUAAAGGAAAAUUAUCGUUAGGGUCGUACAACGGACGGAAUCGUUAACCGUGUUACAUAUUAACUUACAGGAUUAGGUACUAGUCUAAUCAUUUAGUAUAGAAGGAUUAUGUUAUAAUAAUUAAGUUAUAAGUGAUCUUAUACCCGUCCAUAACGAAGGAUACGAAGGAUGUGAGUCGUGUGGAUUGUUUAGUAUGGUGGAAAAACACACCUCCCCCCGAUCUGCUCCCUGUACAGAAAGGAUAAUGUAAUGUAAAUAGACAAAUAUUGACAAGUUAUGCUGUUUUGGAGUAACGUUAACUUCUCGAUAAGGCAAUAGGAUGUGAGGGUUUUAACGUUCAGGCAGCCAUGUUCCAGCUAUGGAGAAACUCAAUUUCUAUCCAUGGUCUGGUGUAUCUGUGCGAGAAGAUGGACUUUGUGUCCCAAAAUCUAUUGACAUAUUGUAGGUGAGAAGAUGAUUUUGCUUCGUUCGUUGGCUUGUCUCAUCAUCGCCACUUUAACUCUGGUGCUUUAUUAUGUCCAGCAAGUUCGAACAGGUCUGGUUCUGAACGAUUUCAUCCGCCAUUUUGAACCAUUGUAUUAUGACCAUCAUUCCUUGCGAGAUCAGCGUCAUCGAAUCAGACGUUCGGCCAACAUGGAAUUCCAUCUUCGAUUUACCGCCCACAACAGGUUGUUUAAGCUGCGAAUGAAACAGGAUUCAAGCGUGUUUGCAUCGGAUGCAGUUUUCGAAUCGACAAGAAAAGGGAAGUUCCGCUACGAUAUGUCAAAAGUUCUGAAAGGUCAUUUAGAAGAUGAUGAAGACUCGAUAGUGGAAGGUGUCCUGACAUCGGAAGGCUUAUUUGAUGGUGUCAUUCACACAGCCUACGACGACUUUUACAUCGAGCCGUCUGCCAGAUACUUUCUACAACCACGUGACUUCCAUUCCGUCAUUUAUAAACAUUCCGACGUCAUGUACAGAGCGUUGAACAGCACAUGUUUUUCGCAUUUACAACACACGUCAUCAUCAUAUCGCAGAGAUUAUUUACAAAGUGCUUUUUCUACAUCGGGUUUUUCAAAUGUCUAUUUUCACAGCGAGCACUCAAUAGAUAGUGUAAAUAAGUCUAAAGGAAAGUGGAGAACGAGAAAAAGGAGAAACAUUGAAGACAACACCAUUUAUUGGAGGGAUGUCGACGAGAUGCACUAUAAAGACUACGACAAAUACGGUGAUUCGGAACCGUACGGGGUUCGUUCUGUGCAAAGGACUCACUGGACCGAAGAUCGAUCAGACAGACACGUUGUGAUCGAUCCUAGGAAAACUACAUGCAUGUUGUACCUACAAGCUGACCAUCUGUUCUAUCAGAAAAUGGGGAGCGAGGAAGCUUGCAUAGAGACCAUGACCAGGCACGUUCAGAAAGUAAACAGCAUCUACAGAGCCACAGAUUUUGAUCAGGAUGGAAGAUCCGACAACAUAUCCUUCCUCAUUAAGAGAAUUAAGGUCCAUACGAUGGAAGCUCUUAAGGAUCCUGAUUACAGGUUCCCUGGUAAUUAUGGUGUAGAAAAAUUCCUGGAAUUGUUUUCUGAAGAAGAUUACGAUGCCUUUUGCCUUGCUUACAUGUUCACUUAUCGAGAUUUCGAAGGAGGAACCCUUGGUCUUGCAUGGACUGGUGACUUAAAGAAUGCUGGAGGAGUUUGCGAAAAAAAUGGACAUUACAGAGGGAGCUUGAAGAGUCUUAACACUGGAAUUGUUACUCUAUUAAAUUAUGGAAAAUACGUACCACCUAUUGUGUCUCACGUCACUUUGGCACACGAAAUCGGCCAUAACUUCGGUUCACCUCAUGAUCCAGAAGACGAUAAUAUAUGCACACCGGGAGGUGAUAAUGGGAAUUAUAUUAUGUUUGCAAGAGCAACGUCGGGAGAUAAGAGAAACAACAACAGAUUCUCACCUUGCAGCUUGAGAAACAUUAACGCAGUACUUAACACCAAAGCCAGGAGCCUGAAAGGUUGCUUCACAGAACCUCAAGACGCUAUAUGCGGGAACGAAGUGGUAGAGAGAGGAGAAGAAUGUGACUGCGGUUGGGAGGAAGAUUGUAAAGAGCCGUGUUGUUUUCCUAUGCGUAGUAAUCCCCCACGUGAUAAACCGCCAUGCCAUCUUAGACCCAACGUAGUUUGCAGCCCGAGUCAAGGACCAUGUUGCACACACGAAUGCAAAAUUAAAGUGGGUGAAGAGUGCAGAGGUGAUAAUGGAUGCAGGAGUGCCAGUUUCUGUGAUGGGCAAGGGCCACACUGUCCUUCCUCUACUAACAAACCUAACAAAACAGUUUGCAACGACGAGUUCGUUUGUUAUAUGGGAGAAUGUACGGGUUCUAUAUGUAUGGCGUAUGGACUAGAAUCAUGCCAAUGUAAAAGAAGCUUACACGAUCCUUUAACGAAAGCCUGUGAACUUUGUUGCAAAUUACCAGGAAACGAUCAUAGUUGCAAAUCAUCCUUUGAGUGGAAUUCUUCACCGUUUGAUGUGCCUGAUUUAUAUGCCAAACCUGGAACUCCCUGCGACAAUUAUAACGGAUACUGUGAUGUUUUUCAAAAAUGUCGUGAAGUAGAUCCAUCAGGCCCUUUAGCAACAUUACGUAAACUAUUAUUAUCUACUGAAAGUAUAGCAUCCCUAAAACGAUGGGUCUUAGAUCACUGGUGGGGAGUUAUCCUUCUUUUUAUUUGCGUCAUUAUUGUUCUGAUUAUUAUUGUAAAGGCAUUCGGUAAAAGAACAGAAGAAGGUAAAAUGUUAUCAGAUCCCGAUCACAUAUCAGAGAAGAACAAGACAGUAUUUCGUUCGAAUACAAACCACGCUGUGGCAAAGGCUCAUGCACAAACGGUUGCAUCAAAUCACAGUAUUGCAGCUGCUCUAGCACACACCGCUUGCAAACAGAGAACGACCAGUAAUUUCGUCAAGACAAGCGUAUCGUUUAGGAAACACGAUCAACCCCUGUCUAUGUCAGGAGCUGGUUGGCAUUACAGAGGGAGCUUGAAGAGUCUUAACACUGGAAUUGUUACUCUAUUAAAUUAUGGAAAAUACGUACCACCUAUUGUGUCUCACGUCACUUUGGCACACGAAAUCGGCCAUAACUUCGGUUCACCUCAUGAUCCAGAAGACGAUAAUAUAUGCACACCGGGAGGUGAUAAUGGGAAUUAUAUUAUGUUUGCAAGAGCAACGUCGGGAGAUAAGAGAAACAACAACAGAUUCUCACCUUGCAGCUUGAGAAACAUUAACGCAGUACUUAACACCAAAGCCAGGAGCCUGAAAGGUUGCUUCACAGAACCUCAAGACGCUAUAUGCGGGAACGAAGUGGUAGAGAGAGGAGAAGAAUGUGACUGCGGUUGGGAGGAAGAUUGUAAAGAGCCGUGUUGUUUUCCUAUGCGUAGUAAUCCCCCACGUGAUAAACCGCCAUGCCAUCUUAGACCCAACGUAGUUUGCAGUGUGACGGUAGAACAAAGACUCCCUCUAGCGUUGUUGCUCUCCAUGAACACGGUUUGCAGAGUUGCCAACUUCUCUCGUAAAAAUCCCCUACACAGACCUGAAAUUCUCCUUAAAACCAACAGAGUAGACCUAAGUAGCUUUGCUCCAGGUGCAAUGCAUAUUACUGCAUUGCAAGUGUGCAUUAUGUAUUUGCAUAUGCAGAUUAUUAUUGUAAAGGCAUUCGGUAAAAGAACAGAAGAAGGUAAAAUGUUAUCAGAUCCCGAUCACAUAUCAGAGAAGAACAAGACAGUAUUUCGUUCGAAUACAAACCACGCUGUGGCAAAGGCUCAUGCACAAACGGUUGCAUCAAAUCACAGUAUUGCAGCUGCUCUAGCACACACCGCUUGCAAACAGAGAACGACCAGUAAUUUCGUCAAGACAAGCGUAUCGUUUAGGAAACACGAUCAACCCCUGUCUAUGUCAGGAGCUGGUUGGCAUUACAGAGGGAGCUUGAAGAGUCUUAACACUGGAAUUGUUACUCUAUUAAAUUAUGGAAAAUACGUACCACCUAUUGUGUCUCACGUCACUUUGGCACACGAAAUCGGCCAUAACUUCGGUUCACCUCAUGAUCCAGAAGACGAUAAUAUAUGCACACCGGGAGGUGAUAAUGGGAAUUAUAUUAUGUUUGCAAGAGCAACGUCGGGAGAUAAGAGAAACAACAACAGAUUCUCACCUUGCAGCUUGAGAAACAUUAACGCAGUACUUAACACCAAAGCCAGGAGCCUGAAAGGUUGCUUCACAGAACCUCAAGACGCUAUAUGCGGGAACGAAGUGGUAGAGAGGGGAGAAGAAUGUGACUGCGGUUGGGAGGAAGAUUGUAAAGAGCCGUGUUGUUUUCCUAUGCGUAGUAAUCCCCCACGUGAUAAACCGCCAUGCCAUCUUAGACCCAACGUAGUUUGCAGCCCGAGUCAAGGACCAUGUUGCACACACGAAUGCAAAAUUAAAGUGGGUGAAGAGUGCAGAGGUGAUAAUGGAUGCAGGAGUGCCAGUUUCUGUGAUGGGCAAGGGCCACACUGUCCUUCCUCUACUAACAAACCUAACAAAACAGUUUGCAACGACGAGUUCGUUUGUUAUAUGGGAGAAUGUACGGGUUCUAUAUGUAUGGCGUAUGGACUAGAAUCAUGCCAAUGUAAAAGAAGCUUACACGAUCCUUUAACGAAAGCCUGUGAACUUUGUUGCAAAUUACCAGGAAACGAUCAUAGUUGCAAAUCAUCCUUUGAGUGGAAUUCUUCACCGUUUGAUGUGCCUGAUUUAUAUGCCAAACCUGGAACUCCCUGCGACAAUUAUAACGGAUACUGUGAUGUUUUUCAAAAAUGUCGUGAAGUAGAUCCAUCAGGCCCUUUAGCAACAUUACGUAAACUAUUAUUAUCUACUGAAAGUAUAGCAUCCCUAAAACGAUGGGUCUUAGAUCACUGGUGGGGAGUUAUCCUUCUUUUUAUUUGCGUCAUUAUUGUUCUGAUUAUUAUUGUAAAGGCAUUCGGUAAAAGAACAGAAGAAGGUAAAAUGUUAUCAGAUCCCGAUCACAUAUCAGAGAAGAACAAGACAGUAUUUCGUUCGAAUACAAACCACGCUGUGGCAAAGGCUCAUGCACAAACGGUUGCAUCAAAUCACAGUAUUGCAGCUGCUCUAGCACACACCGCUUGCAAACAGAGAACGACCAGUAAUUUCGUCAAGACAAGCGUAUCGUUUAGGAAACACGAUCAACCCCUGUCUAUGUCAGGAGCUGGUUGGGUUUGAUCGUGAUCAAUUAAAUAAACACCUGGGAUUCAAUUAAUAUAAAGUGGCAUGCUCCAAAUGUCCUCAUUGGGAGAUGACAUCUGCCACUUCUGACACCACACGUUGUAUAUAACACUACAGUGAGCUGGAGAUAGAUGAUGCUGUAUAAGCGAUGUGUAUAUUUACGACAUUAUUUUUUAAUUUACGACAAAAUAUACUUUUUACGAACAUUUUUAAAGGGGAAGAGAAAAAGAAAAAACAAAUAAGAAAAUAAAAACGCUAAUUGCAACACUGCAAUAUUUUUGUUUGUUCAUUUAUUUAUAUAUAUAAAUAAAUAAAUAUAUAUAUAUAUAUAAACAUAUACACAUAUAUAUAUAUUGUAAUGAAAAACAAGAAGGAGAAUGUGAAAACAUUCCUAUUGCCUUAAAAUAAAGUCCCUCCUUGUACAGUGAAUUGUUUGUAACACUGUACAUAUUUGUUCCAUUGAAGAAUCAUUUUAGUUCGAAGGACACAAAGCUGUAAAAUUGUAUUGUUUUUAAACACUAAUAUGGAUACUUGGAAUUUGAUAUCGCUGAACAAUAAAACAACAACGUUGAUGACACAUGAACAAACACAUUAUGACCCAUCAGUAUUCUAAUAUGGCAUGAAUACAGUCAAAUUUCGAUUAGUGCAUCCGAUAUUCGCACUAAAUCGGGUGUGGCGCUAAACUGAAGUAUCUCAAACAAUAAGAACUGUGUAUAGUAAUGAGUUAAGUUUGAGUUUGGGAGUUUGCAAGGCAUGUGAUUUGAUUACAACAAUGACGUUUACAGUGCAAAAUCGCUAUUUAGGAGGGCGCUAUAACGAGGUUUGGCUGUAAACGGGAGGUUAAAAGAUUGUCUAUAUCAAUUCUUUAUUGUUAAAUACUUGUCAACUUCAUUAUAUAGCAAGAUUUAUUGUUUAACAAUUUGAAUUGUGUUUAUUAAAUGGUGAUAAAAUUUAAGUUUCCAUUACAUUAUUUUUAUAUACAGUCAACCUCCCUAUAACACUGUUGAUAA